CAGCGCCGGUGCGCCGCCCUAAAGAGUCCCCCCCUCCCGCCGGAAGCGCCUUUGUGGACGAGAGGUUCGUCACUCAACGGUGCGGGAAUGCAGCUGUGAAGUUCAGGGUUUAGGAGCCGUUGCUGUGGACGGAGAGACAGGGACUUGAGCGGACAUUGAGCGCGGCCAGGGUGCCAGUGAGCCCCUCCCCCCCGCUCGGCGUGUGGGCUGUGCUUCGAGGGGCUGAGCUUCGAUGGAGGACCACAUGAUGGGGCACAACAAGGAGAAGCGCUAUGAGUGUGACGUGUGUGGCAAGACCUGGCAGAGCCCGAGCCGGCUGGAGACCCACCGACGGGUGCACACGGGAGAACGCCCCUUCGAUUGCUUGGAGUGCGGCAAGAGUUUCACCUUCUAUAACCAGCUGCAGCGGCACAACCUCGUGCACUCCGGCGAGAGGCCCUUCACCUGCUCCGACUGCGGCAAGAGCUUCAAGACGGCGAAUGAGCUGAAGAGACACCGGUGGGUGCACACGGGUGAGAAGCCCCAUGGCUGCUCCAUCUGCGGCAAGAGCUUUGCACAGUUGUCGGUGCUGCAGAUGCACUGGCGUGUGCACAGCAGUGAGUGGCCCUUCACCUGCUCCGAUGGCGGCAAAGGCUUCAAGUCGGCACCAGCGCUGAAGAAGCACAGGCGUGUGCACACCGUGGAGCGGCCCUACCCCUGCAGUGACUGCGGCAAGGGCUUCACCCACUCCAGCCACUUGCUGGUGCACCAGCGCAUCCACACCGGCGAACGCCCCUAUACCUGCGCCCAGUGCGGCAUUGGCUUCGCCCAAUCCAGCAACCUGGUGCUGCACCAGCCCACCCACACUGGCGAGUGCCCCUACACCUGCACCCAGCGCGGCAAAGGCUUCACCAGCUCCACCAAGCUGCUGAAGCACAAGCGCACCCACACCGGCGAGCGCCCCUACACCUGCCCCCACUGCGGUAAGGGCUUCACCCGGUCCAGCAACCUGCUGCAACACCAGCGCACCCACACUGGCGAGCGCCCCUACACCUGCGCCCAGUGCGGCAAGGCCUUCACCCAGUCCAGCACCCUGCUGAAGCACCAGAGCACCCACACCGGCGAGCGCCCCUACAGCUGCACCCAGUACGGCAAGGGCUUCAAAUGCUCCUCCAAGCUGCUGUCCCACCAGCAGGUGCACGCCAGUGACCAACCCUACGUGUGCCUGUACUGCGGUGAGCAGUUUCACAGUUCACGGGGGUUGCGGCAGCUGCUC